AUGUCAGACCACGUCGACAUUUUACUUUACGGGCUGGGCGCAAUCGGCUCCUUCUACGCCUUCAUCUUGAGCAUCCCACCACAGGUCCAGCUUUCAGUGGUAUGCCGCUCUAACUAUGAGGCAGUCAAGGCGCGCGGCCUCCAAAUCACGUCCGAAAACCAUGGGCAGCACACUAUUACACCCGUCCAAGUCUUGCGUGACCCAUCGGAGGCGGGCAAGACGUUUGACUACAUUGUGUGCGCUCACAAAGCCAUAGAUCAGGACGCCGUCCCCAAACGCCUGGCUCCCGCCGUGGGACCCAACACGACGCUAGUCAUCAUCCAGAAUGGUGUUGGGAACGAGGACCCCUUCCGUGCCAGUUUUCCCAACAACACAAUUCUCAGCUGCGUGACCUGGGUAGGCGCCACGCAGGCCUCACCGGGAGUCAUCAAGCACACCAAAUCAGAAGAUAUGCAGAUAGGCCUGUUUCCAAACACAUCUCUCGACUCGAGCCGCGAGCAGCAGCGACUGCAAGCAUUCGCCAGGCUGCUGACCGAAGGCAAGACGGUGUUCCAGGUGGUGCCCAACGUUCAGAUUCAACGCUGGGAGAAGGUUGUGUGGAACGCAGCAUGGAAUAGUCUGACAAGCAUGACCCUGCUUAGCACACACGACUGGCUGAACUCGUCUGAGGACGCCACGCCCAUGACACGACAGCUGAUGCGGGAGGUGAUCGAUGUGGCGAGAGCUUGCCAUGUCCCGCUUGAGUAUGAUUUGAUCGAUCGGCUAAACGCGAAGAUACUGGCUAUGCCGCCGAUUGGGAGCAGUAUGCGGACGGAUGUCGAAAACGGUCGGCCUUUGGAAGUGGACGUCAUCUUGGGUACGCCUGUGCGGAGAGCCAAGGAGAAAGGGAUACAAGUCCCCGUCUUGCAGACUUUGUAUACUGUCAUGAGGGGUAUUGACAUGCGCAUGAGGAACCAAUAG